AUGAACACCAGCGGUUUCAUGAAUGGCAGCGGGGGGAUCUGCAGGCAGUUGGAGAUCCCGCUGGAGGUGUAUCUGAUAUUAGGGGGGGUGGGUAUGCUGGAGAACCUUCUGGUGAUCAUUGCCGUGGUCAACAACAGAAACUUGCACUCCCCCAUGUACCUCUUCAUCUGCAGUUUGGCCAUGGCUGAUAUGCUGGUGAGUGUGGGCAAAGCCUCGGAAGCGGUCAUUAUCUUCUUGGACCAGAACAGUCACCUGCUGACUGAGACCUUGAUCGAUCACCUGGACUACCUCUUUGACUCCUUGAUCUGCAUCUCGCUGAUAGCCUCCAUCUUAAGCUUGGGAGCCAUCGCCACUGACCGCUACCUCACCAUUUUCCACGCCCUGCGUUACCACCAGAUCAUGACAGUCAAGCGAGCUGCCUUGAUCAUCUCAGCCUUGUGGACCUUCUGCACCUUCAGCGGAAGUUUUAUCAUCAAGUUCAACCGCAAGAAUGCGUUUCCUGGCUCGCUGAUUACCAUGUACUUCACCACGUUGUUUGUCAUCGUGUCACUUUACGUCUACAUGUUCCUGCUCGCUCGCAGACACGCCCAGUGCAUCCGAUCACUCCCGGGGCAGAGAGUCCACCAGGGAACCAGCUUGAAAGGAGCCAUCACUUUGACCAUCCUCCUCGGGAUCUUCAUCAUCUGCUGGGCACCGUUCUUUCUGCACCUCAUCCUCGUGUUGGCCUGUCCGUCAAACCCUUACUGCACCUGCUAUAUGUCUCUCUUUCAAGUGGACUUGAUCCUUAUCAUGUGCAACUCCAUCAUUGACCCUCUUAUCUUCGCCUUUCGCAGCCCGGAGUUGAGGAACACGUUCAAGAAAAUGUGUAUUUGUUUCAAUAAGCAGCUGUACUGA